UAGAACCGGAAGGCGCUGCCCGCUUGAGUAUCUUUCUGGCUUAAAUCUCCGGAGCGGGCGAGAAGGAGCCCUCGUGGUCUGUUGCCAUGGUCUUUUAUUUCACGUCCAACGUUGUUCCUUCUGUUUAUACAAUUUAUAUGGGAAAAGACAAGUAUGAAAAUGAAGAUCUAAUAAAAUAUGGUUGGCCAGAAGAUAUUUGGUUUCAUGUGGACAAGCUCUCCUCAGCACAUGUCUACCUCCGGCUACAUAAGGGGCAGACAAUGGAUGACAUUCCUAAGGAGGUUUUGAUAGAUUGUGCACAGCUUGUGAAGGCCAACAGCAUUCAAGGCUGCAAAAUGAAUAAUGUCAAUGUAGUAUACACCCCAUGGGCCAACCUAAAGAAAACAGCAGAUAUGGACGUCGGCCAGAUUGGAUUUCAUAGACAAAAGGACGUGAAGCUAUUGACAGUGGAGAAGAAGGUGAAUGAGAUUUUGAACCGACUGGAAAAAACCAAAGUGGAACGAUUCCCAGACCUGGCUGCAGAGAAAGAAGCCCGUGAUAGGGAGGAGAGGAAUGAGAAGAAGGCCCAGAUCCAAGAGAUGAAGCGGAAGGAGAAGGAGGAAAUGAAAAAGAAAAAGGAGCUGGAAGAGCUUAGAAGUUACUCUUCCUUAAUGAAAGCAGAGAAUAUGUCCUCUAACCAGGAUGGCAAUGACUCUGAUGACUUCAUGUAAAUCAAGGUGCCCUCCUUGUGGAAGAUGAAGAUGACUUUUGACAUCUUAGCUUUUUGCUCUGGAUGCCAAAAAUAAGCAAAUGAAAUUGGGAGUCUCUUUACUUGUUUCAUUGUGAGCAGCGAGUAUCUGUUCUUUUUCCUGGGCAGAUCAUUCCAGUUAAAGCUCUGAAACCAUCAGUUCUGACUCCAGUUACUAGGAUGUCUGUACUUCCUGAGAGGCUGAAUUUUGGGGUGUCUAUAUUUCCAGGAAAGGUUGAAGAGAAGGCUACACUUAAGAGGCUUUGAGCCAGAAAAUUAGUUUCUGCCUUAAAUCUUCCUGGGGAGCAGAUCUGGAAUGUUUUACCAUUAUCCUGAAUACAAGUCACUGAAGAGAGGAUAUUCUUAUCUCACAGUAUUUGAGAAUUGAGGUUUUUUUUAAGUUUCCUUGGUUGUUUUGGGAACUGGGUGCACCAAUGUGAACAAUUUGAUUACACCUCUCAUCCUUUAGAAAUUUGAAUUUAGAACAGCUGUCUUUCCAUGCUUAUAACAUACUUGCCCAGAAUCCAAGAACAUUUUUUACCCAGCAAUGAGCAUUUCCUUUCAUUUGUAGCAUCCUGCAAAACCCAGUGCCACCAUUCAAGGAAAGAAGUAUGUGCUUGAACCUGUGUGCUUUUUUUUUAAACAUAAUUUUAUUAAAUGUUUUUUAAAAACAGUGAUAAAAAAUAGUACAAGCUAA